CACAGCCGGGCCGGCCCGGGGCUGAGCCACAGCCCGCCCGCUCCCGCAGGGACCAUGAGCUCCAGCUGACGGGUCUGGGGCACCGGGGCGGCCCCGCACAGCCCUGCGGGAUGGCUCGGCAUGGCACGGCUCUGCUCAUCGCCUGGGCUUGUGUCGCCGUCAGCCUGGGGAAGGCGCUGGGGGACCAGGGCGACGGGGCGGACCUGUACUCGGAAAACAUCACCCGGAUCCUCGACAAGUUGUUGGACGGCUACGACAACAGGCUCCGGCCGGGAUUCGGAGGCGCCGUGACCGAAGUGAAAACGGACAUCUACGUGACCAGCUUCGGGCCCGUGUCCGACGUGGAGAUGGAAUACACAAUGGAUGUCUUCUUUCGGCAGACAUGGACUGAUGAGAGGUUGAAGUUUAGUGGGCCAACUGAAAUUUUGAGAUUGAACAAUUUAAUGGUCAGUAAAAUUUGGACACCAGACACAUUUUUUAGAAAUGGAAAAAAAUCAAUUGCUCAUAAUAUGACAACUCCUAACAAACUUUUUAGAAUUAUGCAGAAUGGAACUAUUCUUUACACAAUGAGACUAACCAUUAAUGCUGAUUGUCCCAUGCGGUUGGUGAACUUCCCUAUGGAUGGACAUGCUUGUCCACUGAAGUUUGGGAGCUAUGCUUAUCCAAAAAGUGAAAUAAUUUAUACUUGGAAAAAAGGACCCCUGCAUUCUGUAGAAGUACCACAGGAGUCUUCCAGUCUUCUCCAGUAUGACCUCAUAGGACAAACUGUAUCUAGUGAAACAAUUAAAUCUAACACAGGUGAAUAUGUAAUCAUGACAGUUUAUUUCCACUUGCAAAGGAAGAUGGGCUACUUCAUGAUACAGAUUUACACUCCAUGCAUUAUGACAGUCAUUCUUUCUCAGGUGUCUUUCUGGAUUAACAAGGAGUCUGUUCCAGCCAGAACAGUUUUUGGAAUCACUACAGUUCUAACAAUGACCACUCUCAGCAUCAGCGCACGCCAUUCUUUGCCCAAGGUGUCCUAUGCCACCGCCAUGGAUUGGUUCAUAGCCGUGUGUUUUGCCUUUGUUUUCUCUGCACUUAUUGAGUUUGCAGCUGUCAACUACUUUACCAACCUUCAGGCUCAGAGAGCACUGAGGAAGGCAGCCAGGGCAGCAGCACUGGCAGCAGCACUAUCGGCAGCGACUGUACCGGCAGAGGACGAGAUUGUCUCGCAUUCUGACUCCAACUCUAACCUGAAGAAGCGAGUAAACUCUGUAACCUCUCAGGCAGAGCAGUCUCCUGAACCCAGCAUAAUAUCAAAUACUGCAUCCCAGUGUCAGGCAGUGCCUGUGCCUCCACCUGCCCCACCACAACCACCAGCUAUUGGAGGUGCCAGUAAAAUAGACCAGUAUUCCAGGAUUCUCUUUCCAGUGGCAUUUGCAGGAUUCAACCUGGUGUACUGGGUGGUUUAUCUUUCAAAAGACACCAUGGAAUUUUUUGAACCUUCUGCAAUGCAUUUCCGAAAUGACCCUCAGUCCAACUGAGGAACAACUCCAGAUUUCAAGGAAAUCGCUCGAGGUCUCAGAGGGUUGAAGAGAUUUCAAAAGAUUUGUCUGUCUGUCCACAGGUGCUCUCCAUUUUCAAACAGGGAAUAUUUAUAUUGGACAUCACCUGGAUGCAAACUCUGGACAAAUCAAGAGCUGCAAACGUCUUGGGGUUCUAACGAUACUUUCUUAAGAUUUCUUACAGUGAUUCUACUACAGAAGUUCUUCUUAAAUUGUUUUGUCUGAUUGUCAAAGGAAAGAACGUGCAUUUGUUCUAAAACUGUUGCAAACAGUUGAACAUUUACAUCGAUAUAAAAUAUCAGUAAAAGGACUUGUUGGGUUGGGUUUUUUUAUAUAGAAUAAGGAUUGCUAAAAGGAGCCUGAUUCUGAAAGGGUUGGGAGUUGCACUGAUUUCCAUCACUUGACAUUGACCCAAAAUACUGUUGGAAAGAAAUCCUGUGAAAAGGAGCUGCAGUUCCAUAAUGUUUUAAUCCUUUUAUGUAAAAGAUUAAUGAUUAUUUAUUUUUAUUUCAUUUUAAUCUUUAAUUUGGGAUCAUAUUUAUAAAGAAUGAGAUCUAAGAAAAAAAGGAAACAAGCUAUUUUUUGUGUGCUUCACCAUGGGGUGACUGUUCCUGUCGGGAGUGACCACGGCAGCACAACCAGACUGAGAACAAGCAAUUGCUCAGCAGGAUCUGGAAAUGCAGGACUGAGAUGUCAGGGAGCUUUCAAGGUCUAAAGCUGAAUAGACAGGAAGAUGCAGCUCCCCAUCAAGCUGCAUGCAAGGCUCCAGCUCCAGGGAACUGCCUGGAAGCAGCUCUGGAUAGCUGGUUAAGGAACAAGCUGCAUUUAUCAGCUGAUUCUACUGAAUUGCCUGUAGCAAGCUCCCUAGAAAUUUUUUCCAGAGCCAAAGUAGUGUCAGCAUAUUCAGAGUUUGAAGGUAAUAAUAUUUUGUCAUUCUCAACACAAACAGCCACAGAAUUUCUUCGUUCACCCUUCAUCUCCAUAAUCCCUCUUUAAAUGUGAUCAGGAAACAUAUGCCUAAUCCAAUCAAUCCCAAACCUGUUUUAUUGCAGGUGUAAUGGUCAUUGGUAGGAGUCAGAAGCACACAAAGAAGUUUUAGAUGCAGCCAAAUAAAAAUUAAGGAUUCUGUUCUAUUUUGAAAUUAAUUUUAGUAAAAUAAAAUAAUAAAAUGACACAUGGAUUCAGGAUAUUCAGGGUCUUUUGCUUUGUCUAAAAAAGCAUCUUAAUCCCUGUGAAAAAAUAUUUACAGGAUGACCAAUGAAGUGCAGUAAGUCAUGGACUGCUAUUGGCACUGUCCCAGUG